CGAUGGGCACUAGAGGCCCCCGGCGGGGCCCUGGCCCCCCAGACGGCGGCUGGGGCUGGGCCGUGCUGGGCGCCUGCUUCGUGGUCACCGGUUUCGCCUAUGGCUUCCCCAAGGCGGUGAGCGUCUUCUUCCGCGCGCUUAUGCGCGACUUCGGGGCGGGCUACAGCGACACGGCCUGGGUAUCCUCCAUCAUGCUCGCCAUGCUCUACGGGACAGGCCCGGUGUCCAGCAUCCUCGUGACCCGCUUUGGCUGUCGCCCGGUGAUGCUGGUGGGUGGACUGUUGGCCUCGGCCGGCAUGGUCCUAGCGUCCUUCGCCACGCGCCUCCUGGAGCUAUACCUGACAGCUGGGGUGCUCACAGGCCUGGGCUUGGCCCUCAACUUCCAGCCGUCGCUCAUCAUGCUGGGGUUGUAUUUCGAGCGGCGGCGGCCUCUGGCCAACGGGCUGGCUGCGGCCGGCAGCCCCGUGUUCCUGUCGGCGCUGUCGCCGCUCGGCCAGCAGCUGCUCGAGCACUUCGGCUGGCGCGGCGGCUUCCUGCUGCUCGGCGGCCUCCUGCUGCAUUGCUGCGCGUGCGGCGCCGUCAUGCGGCCGCCACCCGGGCCGCGGCCGCGCAGGAACAGCGCGGGCGACGCUCCCGGAGAGGCGGAGGCGGACAGUGCGGGACUGCGCUUGCGCGAGGCGCCCUCUGGUGGUCCGACCCGCCGGCGCCUGCUGGACGUGACCGUGUGCACCGACCGCGCCUUCGCGGUGUACGCCGUCACCAAGUUCCUGAUGGCGCUCGGGCUCUUCGUGCCCGCCAUCCUGUUGGUGAACUACGCCAAGGACGCGGGCGUGCCUGACUCCGAGGCUGCCUUCCUGCUCUCCAUCGUGGGCUUCGUAGACAUCGUGGCGCGGCCGGCGUGCGGCGCCCUGGCCGGCCUGGCGCGCCUGCGGCCGCAUGUCGCCUACCUCUUCAGCCUGGCCCUGAUGGCCAACGGGCUCACGGACCUGAGCAGCGCGCGCGCGCGCACCUACGGCGCCCUUGUCGCCUUCUGCGUCGCCUUCGGCCUCUCCUACGGCAUGGUGGGCGCCCUGCAGUUCGAGGUGCUCAUGGCGGCUGUGGGUGCGGCCCGAUUCCCCAGUGCGCUGGGCCUGGUGCUACUCCUCGAGGCUGUGGCUGUCCUCAUCGGACCGCCCUCUGCCGGCCGCCUGGUGGACGCACUGAAGAACUACGAGAUCAUCUUCUACCUGGCAGGCUCUGAGGUGGCCCUGGCCGGGGUCUUCAUGGCUGUCGCCACCAAGUGUUGUCUGCGCCGCCGCUCUCAGGACGCCACGCCCAGCCCAGGCACCAAGGGUGGCGCCAGCGACACAGAGGAUGCUGAGGCCGAAGUGGACUCUGAGCCCCUGCCUACCAGCGCCGAGGAGCCCGGUGGCCUUGAAGCCCUGGCGGUGCCGAGCCCAGGGACUGGGCCCUCGGAACCCGAGAUGGAGGCAGAGCCGGGGCUAGACUCCGAGUCUGUGUAG